AUUAAAAAAAACCUAUUUUUUAAACUUCUACUGAAUUUUGGAUUUAUAAAAUAAAAUUAAUAAUUUUAAAAUGGAUAAACGAUUAAAUUUCUUAUCAAUAGCUCUAAUAGAUGCACUUGAAGAUGAAAAUUAUGAAUGUGUUGAAAAACUAGUGAAAGAACAUAACGCUGAUCCAAAUUUUACAAUAAUAGAAAGACAUCUCGCCCCUAUACAUUUCAGUUGUGGAAUGGAAAACCUGGAAUUAGCGGAAAAUGUCACUGAACUAUUUUUAGAUUAUGGAGCUAACCCAAAUUUACCAACACCUGAUGACGGUUUGACCCCGCUUCAUAUCGCUGCUAUGAGUGGAAGACAAGCACUUGUUCGAAUGCUGCUACAUAAAGGAGCUGAUAUUACUAUAAUGGAUAAAGAAAAUAGAACACCACUUCAAUAUGCAGUAUUCGACUGUCAUUUUGAGGUCAUAGAAACUAUUAAAAAAUUUAUUUUUGAAAAAAAGAUUGAAAAUAAGGUAGGAAUUAAGGAAAAGCAAAAGGCUUUAGAUUUUUUAAAGAAAAAUGAAAAUGAUGAUUUUAUUGCUGAACUUGAUGAAAACAAAUAUACCCCAAAUCGUAUUAAUUACAAUUUCGAUAUAACAUCUCCGUAUUUCGUUAAUAUCACACACCGACGCAAAAAUAAAACAAAGACACUUGAACAAAAUCAAGAUACAAUCAAAGAUAAUGAAAAUGACGAAAGUCAUGGUAAAAUAUCUCAUGAACCUGAAGAAAAUCAAUCAUUUUUAACAUCAACAAUGAAUGAUCAUGCCAAAAAAAAUUUGUUUGAGCUUACAGAAGAAAAUCUCAAUGAACUAACUAAAAAUGGAACAAAUGAAAAUUCCAGAGUUUCUCUAAUUCAAAGUUGGAGAGAAAAGGUUCAACAAUCUAAGAGAAAUCAGUCAAUUUUAUACCAUUUCGAUGAUUUAGAAAAUCUUUUAGAUGGUAUUAUUUCAGAUGAAAAUGUAGAUUUUACAAAUACUUCAGUUGAAAUAGUAGAUGUAGUAUUUGAAAAAGUAGAAGAAAAAAAAUCGGGUUUUAAGCUGGAUGAUACAGCAUUUGGAAAGCUUCUAAACACAUUACGUGAAAAAAGAUUGUACAACAGUGAUACUAGUUUUGCAACGGCGUUAGCUCCAGAAGAAAAUAAAAAAUGUUUAAAUGAUAUAACACUAAUUAAAAGUUCUCAAGCCGAACAAGUUUUGUAUCAAAUGUCCGAAAAAUACCAAUACAUUGAUCGGGAUGAAGGGCUGGUAUUUUUUGAAGAAAAAUUAGCUAUGAACACUAAUAAAAAUGAUAGAAAAAGCGCAAAUUUAAAUUCUAGUCGUUCAACAAUAUCAACACAGAUAACAGUUCCAUCAGAAUAUGACACUGAAGCUUUGCGAGAAGAAUUGACAAAAAUUGGAGAGCCACCUGGGCCAAUUACAAAAACUACCAAAAGAUUGUAUACAAAACGUUUAAUUAAAUAUAAAAGAGACCCUGAGAGACAAUUAUCUGUUCAAAAUUCAUCAAAUGGUAAACAAAUACCAAAUUAUUCAAUUGAACUUCUAAAAACCGUUUCAAAUCCAGAAUUCUUUAGAAGAAUUACGGAAUAUUAUAAAUUUGAAGAAGAAAUGUCAGUGCAAUUCAAAAAUAACCACAAAAAUACAGAUAAAAAGUGGCGUGAAGGAAACUUAAAACAAAGUUUCAUAUAUUUCUUAAUAGAUCCACGUAUAUCACAGAAUUUACCAGCUAAAAGCAAAUUUACAAACGAACAUGAAACUUGGAAACAAUUUCUUUUAUCUAUAUUUUAUGUUGGUAAAGGAAAAAGUGUUAGACCGUAUGCACAUUUAUAUGAUGCCAUGAAAAUUCACAUGCGAUCUAAAAAACUUGAUGUUGAUGAUAUAACUGAAAUUUUAAGCUUUAGAAAAUUUGGUACAAAAAUUAAACCAACUAUGUGCUCAUUUCGGUCACCGUCGAAGAGCUUAUCAGAAAGUGAUAAAUUAACUAGAAUAUUAGAUAUUUGGAAAUCUGAGGCUGGGGUAAUAUGUUUGCAUGUUUUCCACAAUAUAUUACCAGCAGAAGCAUAUACCAGAGAAGCUGCUAUAAUAGAUACAAUGGGCUUACAGCAUUUAACUAACAUGAAAAGAGGGGACUAUUAUGGUCCAGCUAGUUCAUGGACAAUGAGAAAACGUAAGUGUUUAGGGGUAGCUUUACUUUUGAAGGCAAUGAAAAUUUUUCUUGCUGAAGGCGAAUCUCAAUUAUUUCCAAGCGAUUUAAUAUAAAAAUUCGUGAUUUUUUUUUUUUUUACAUCUAGUAAAAUAUAAAAUAAGUUUUAGAUAAAUUUAAAACCAAAUUGAACUGCAAUCAUGUUUCUUAAUAAGUUGACUGAAUUUGUAAUAAGGAACAAGAUAAAUUAUUUUAAGACGUGAUAAAAAAAAGUUAAU